AUGAGUCGCCUCCCCCAGAACGGGGCGGAAGAGACGCCUCCCCAGGAGCGGCAGAAGAGACGCCUGCCCAGGACGGGGCGGAAGAGAGCCUGCCCAGGACGCGGGGGAAAGAGACGCCCUGCCCAGGACGCGCCGGAUGGCCGCCUGCUCAAGACGCCCCCGGGUGAAGCCCCGCCAGGACGCCCGGAAGAGACCCCCUGCUCAAGACGCCCCGGAGAACGCUUGCUCAGGAUGCGCCGGGAUGAGUCCCGUCCAGGAGCCCCGGUGAGCCGCCUGCUAAAGAGCACGGAGAGUCGCCUGCUCAGGACGCGGGGGAAGAGACGCCUGCUCAGGACGGGGGCGGAAAAGAGAGCCGCCCGGACGCGGGGAAAGAGACCCCCACCAGGACCGGCGGAAGAGCGCCUGCCCAGGACGCGGCGGAAGGACUUUCCCCCCAGGCGCGGGGAAGGAGCCUGCCCGGGACGCGGCGGAAGAGACGCCUGCUCAAGACGCGCCGGAUGA